CAUGAAUUUUAUAGCAAGUAUGCAUGCACGCAUUUCUUUUCCUUUGUGAUGAUUGGUAGACAUGUAAAUUAUAUAUAGCAAAAUAGUAGUAAGUUUGAGCAACAAGUUAUAUAAGGUCACAUCGAUAUGCAUCGAUCACAUCGAAGACGGCCUAUAUAAAUAUACACGAGCCAAAGCUGAAGCAAACAAACAAAGCACACGAUUUAGCCAAGGCAAGCCUAGACCCAACGUAGCUGCAAGCAACAAAACAGCAUGUCGUCGCCGUCGCCGUCGCCGUCGUCGUCGCCGAUGCUUGGAGGCAUUGCCGGCAGGUGGCGCGAGCUCCAUGGCCAGGACUCGUGGAAUGGCCUCCUCGACCCGCUCGACCUCGACCUCCGCGCCUCCAUCAUCUCCUACGGCGAGCUCGUGCAGGCCACCUACGACGCCUUCAACCGGCAGAAGCGCUCGCCGCACGCCGGCGCGUGCAUGUACGGCCACGACGACCUGCUCGCCACGGUGGGGGCGUCCGCCGCCGGCAGCUACAGGGUGACCAAGUUCGUCUACGCCACGUCGGGGCUGCCCGUCCCGGAGGCGUUCCUCGUCCUGCCGCUGCCGUCGCUGCUGCCGCCGGCGUGGUCCAAGGUGUCCAACUGGAUGGGGUACGUCGCCGUGGCGACCGACGAGGGCGUGGCGGCGCUCGGGAGGCGCGACAUCGUCGUGGCGUGGCGCGGCACGAUGGAGAGCCUGGAGUGGGUCAACGACCUCGACUUCACGCCGGUGCCCGCCGCGCCGGUGCUCGGCCCCGCCGCCGCCGCGAACCCGCUCGCCAUCGUGCACCGGGGCUUCCUGUCCGUGUACACGUCCAGCAACAAGGACUCCAAGUACAACCAGUCCAGCGCCAGGGACCAGGUUCUUGAGGAGGUGAGGAGGCUGAUGGAACAGUACAAGGACGAGGUGACGAGCAUCACCGUCAUCGGGCACAGCCUGGGCGCGUCGCUGGCGACGCUGAACGCCGUCGACAUCGUGGCCAACGGCGCCAACUCCCCGCCGGCCGGCUCGUCGCAGCCGCCGUGCCCGGUGACGGCGAUGGUGUUCGCGAGCCCGCGCGUCGGCGACGGCCACUUCAAGGCGGCGUUCGCCUCGUUCCCGGACCUGAGGGCGCUCCACGUCAAGAACGCCGGCGACGUGGUGCCGAUGUACCCGCCGCUGGGGUACGUGGACGUCGCCGUGAAGCUGCCCAUCAGCACGGGCCGGUCGCCGUACCUGCGCUCGCCGGGGACGAUCGAGACGCUGCACAACCUCGAGUGCUACCUGCACGGCGUGGCCGGCGAGCAGGGCAGCGCCGGCGGGUUCAAGCUGGAGGUCGACCGCGACGUCGCGCUGGCGAACAAGGGCGCCGACGCGCUCAAGGACCAGUACCCCGUGCCACCCGGCUGGUGGGUCCCCAAGAACAAUUGCAUGGCCAUGGGCCCCGACGGCCACUGGUCUCUCCACGAUUUCAAGCAAAUUUAACUUCACCAUUUCACUCUCCUUCGUAUAUACCUUUAAAAAAAACAAUUUCUUAUGAUGAAUCUAAAUACCAUUAAUUUAUCCAUAUUCAUCUUUAGAAGUUGAUUUUGUUUUUGGGUACGGAGGAGUUAAUCGAUAAGUUUGCAACAAAAAAAAAAAUGAAGUUUUGAUCCAAGCCUACUGGAUCGAUUUCUCAGUCGAAUAAAUGGGUCCUGGCAGUCCUGCCAAUGCAUUUGUAAAUAAAACUCUAUUCGGUUCAAAAUGCACGUGCAAUUUGAACAUUGUUACAUAUACAUAUAUUGAUUUG